CCUCAGCGGAAGCGCGGUUAUUCCUGUUUGUUCGAUGGAGACAGAAAAGUGACGGUGUGAUGGAGGUGGACAUCCUGGAGUUCAAGGUUCCCGUGGACAACAAUAAGACUCUGUUUGUGUGGGACAUCCAGCCGUCUCACACUGAGGACCAGAUCUACGAGGGGUUGUACAGCGUGUUCUCGUCCUACGGUCCUCUCUACCUGCUGAAGGUGUGUCCUAACGCUCCGCUCAACCCGCCUGGUUUCUACGCCCUCAUCAAGUUCUACUCUGCUGCUCAGGCCUUAAAGGCUCAACAACAGACUGAUGGACGCCCACUGUUCCAGAACUCUCCACUCAAGGUGAGGCUGAGCUCCAAACAGACUCCUCACUUCCUGUUGGACAGCAGCAGACCUCUGAGCCACGCCCGCUGCCUUGAACUGGCCAAUCACUGCCUGGGAUUUAACGGCUGGACCUCUGACAUCAUCACACUGAAGGAGCUCACCAACGAAGAAGAAGGUGAGGAGGAGGAGGAAGAGGGAGGAGUCAGACGGAGGAGGCUGAGGUUUGGCUGUCUGCUGCAGCUGUCCUUCCCUCAUCACGGUCAGGUGACCAGAGCAGCAGCCGUGGUGGAGGACAGCUUCACCUGCUCAGGUCCAGAUGUUCUGAUACAGAAACGAUGUCGAUUACAGAAGCAGGUCAGAGAGAAGGCUCUGGUCCAGGCCUUCACUGCUGUACUGCUCAUAUUACUGGGAAAUGGUAAAGUGAUGGUGGAGGUGAAACAGACAUCAGAUCAGUUCCUGCCUGAGCAGACUGAAGGAGUCCUCCAGGUGAGGGAGUUUUCCUGGAGUGACUUUGCUCCUGAUGAAGAGGAGGGUGAUGAUGAAGACUGGGAUCUGACUGUAUCGUAGGGAUUCAGAGGACAUUGGGACAGACUCAGAGGACAUUGGGACAGACUCAGAGGACAGUUUCAUGUUGAUGUUUAAUAUAUUUAUAAAAUGAGUUUUAUGUCUGUUACCCGUCAGUUUGCUGUUUGAAAUAAAGUGAA